AUGGGCAAUUCAACCCCCGUUCCCGACGCCGACAAAGGUGGUGUUCACUCAGCGCAAUCUUUCACCCAAAUAGUUGCCGACGGCGAUGUGAUCCUGGUGGUUGGUCCAAGUCGGCACAAGAUCGAGGUAUCUGCGCACUUCCUCAAAAGAAUUUCCCCCGUCUUCCAAGUUAUGCUCGGAGCUCCAAUGAAGGAAGGAAAUGCACUUGCCACCAGAUGCGACAACGAUGCCCCUGUUGAGAUCAUUCUUCCUGAGGACAAGGAAGCGCCAAUGGAGCAGGUAUUGAGCACUCUUUACGGCGCAGACCCAAGCUCGAAGAAAUAUUUGAUGCGCGAUGUCAAGGAGAUCGCAAUUCUCGCGGAGAAGUACGGAAUGGUCGACCGUCUUGAAAUCUUUGCUAAUUUCUGGCUCCGUUCUAUCAUCAACAUGCGCAUUACGGAAGUUUCUGACAAUGCCUGGACAGCCUUGGUCAGCGCAUUUAUCCUCAAGAUAGAUUGGGCGUUUUUCGCUGUCAGUCUGGCCAUGGCCAGGACGAAGACCAGCCUUCUGAAGUUCGCAGCCAGCUUUCAUGACAAGCACACUGGUAUGCGCCUUGGCAUGGCCAUCGAAGAACUGCGCAGUACCUACCUGGGCCAGAAAGGGACCACAAAGUCUGUCGAGAGAGGCCUGUGCUUGUUCUGCUUUUCUCGCGCAACUGACUCUUUCACUCGGCAGCUUCAGGGAUGCCACUCACCUGAUCGCCAUUUCAAGGUUUAA